AUGACUCUCACAAUUGAUACUCAGCCUGAAGCUGGACCGUCAUCAUCAUCCUCACCAUCUUCUUUGGCACCCGGUCCAUCUCCAUAUCAUGAAUCAUCCCAAUUCCGACAUUGGCGGUACUCCCCUUCGUCUCUCAAAACUAUCAGAGAAGAGCUGAAUGCCAAAUCUGUGGAAGUCGUAGCGAAGAAUACGGAAAUGGAAAAAGAAGCUCAAAUAUCAUUAGGACAUUCAUACACCGAUCCACCAUCACCAACAGCUUAUCUGACUGUAUCGGAUGAACUUUUGUUACUUCGCUUUUACUGUUCACAAAUAUCAAAGAUAUGUAGACAUGGAUUUGGUUUGCCUGAAGUUGUAGAAUCUACUGCUAUAAGCUACCUGAAGAGGUUCUAUCUGAAAAAUAGUGUUAUGGAAUGGCAUCCUAAAAACAUUAUGCCGACAUGCUUAUUCUUAGCUGCCAAAACGACGAAUUACCCCGUGUUGAUCGAUCAAUUCAUAUCUAAAUUCUCAAAAUUAUCUCCCGACGAUAUACUAGAUACAGAGUUCCUAGUCGCUCAAUCCCUAGGAUUCGAAUUUUGGGUUCGGGGCGCAGAAAAGUCUUUGAGAGGUUGGAGUUUGGAUUUACAAAAUCAACCUAAUCCACCAUUGGAUGUGAUUCAAAAAUCAUUAAAUGAAGCUUUGGGGUAUCAUUCAACCUCCUUAUUCACUGAUUCGGAAUUCAUCUAUACACCUUCACAAAUUGGUCUGGCAUGCUGGCAUUUAUCUAACAAAACCCUGAUAGAAGAUUUCCUAGAUUAUCGGUAUUCAUCUUUCGUUCCAUCGAAUGAUCCGAGCGACGAAGCUCGGGAAAGAGGAAGUGGCGCACAAAACGACGGAGAAGGAGACGAGGAUGUCAGAGUAGAUGGCGAAGAGAAAGAUCACCUGAGAACAUUGCCGUAUGGGUUGGAGAAAGAAAGAUUAUUGGCCAUUCUGGAAGAGAUCGAAACGUUGGUUUCGCACGGUAAGGAAGAAAUCGAUUUGAAAAAGGUCAAGACAAUCGACAAAAGACUAAAGAGUUGUACCAAUCCCGAAAAGAUACCUGGAACAGCUUUAUACGUGAAACGCAAAAGGGAGAAGGAUACAGCUGAGGCAGCAUCAAAAGCAGCCAAGACCGCCAAAGCUUCUGCCGCAGCUGCAGAUCGGGAAUCUGUAUUUGGGGAAGUCAUCUCUGUGUCUUCCAAGUCACCUGCUUUGGGAGAAAGAAAACCCCUCUCUCCCAGAGUAACGUUAAAUGGCGUUACUGUCACGGCUGGGAUAACCCAGCCUGGAGGGGCUGAAGUAGCUCUGGAAGAUGAAGGAAUGGGCGUCAAGGAUGAAAAUGGUAUUGUCAUGGGCGGAAAAGGUCUUAUAGAUGUCGGUCUACCGUUGUCGAAAGACAUAUGA